AUGACUAAAACUAAUUCUAACAACUUCCAUUUUGCUAUCAUCUUCAUGUUAAUACUUGAGAUCAGAAUCCAAUUAUCUGAUGAAAGUGAACUUGUCAUUGACAGGUCAAAAACAAAUCUCACCCAUAUUCCCAAAGAUCUAUCUCUGAAAACAACAAGCUUAGAUCUAUCACAAAACUAUAUAUAUGAGCUGCAGACUUCUGACAUCUCAUCACUAUCAAAGCUGAGGAUUUUGAUACUUUCUCAUAAUAGAAUCCAGUAUCUUGAUACCAGUAUUUUCAAAUUCAACCAGGAAUUGGAAUACUUGGAUCUGUCCCACAACAGGUUGUGGAAGAUUUCUUGCCACCCAACUGUAAACCUCAAGCACUUAGACCUCUCAUUUAAUGAAUUUGAUAUCCUGCCCAUCUGCAAAGAGUUUGGCAAUAUGUCUCAUCUAGAUUUUCUGGGAUUGAGUGCCACACAGUUGCAAAAAUCCAGUGUGCUGCCAAUUGCUCAUUUGAAUAUCAGUAUGGUUCUGCUGGUCUUAGGAGAUCUCUAUGGGCAAAAAGAAGACCCUGACAGCCUCCAGGACUUAAACACAAAGAGCCUGCAUAUUGUUUUUCCCAAACAAAAGGAAUUCCAUUUUGUUCUGGAUGUAGCAGCUAGCACUGCAGUCAGUUUGGAACUGUCUAAUAUAAAAUAUGUGCCACGUGAUAAUGAAUAUUCUUAUUUCAUAGAUGUUUUGUUAAAGCUUCAAAAGAAUAAAAAGUUAUUAAAUCUUACUUUAAACAACAUUGAAACAACCUGGAAUUCUUUCAUUAAGAUCCUCCAGGUGGUUUGGCAUACAACAAUAGAGUAUUUAUCAAUUUCAAAUAUGAUACUAACAGGCCAACUUGACCACAAAGAUUUUGAUUAUUCUGACACUUCACUGAAAGCCUUGUCUAUAUACCAAGUUUUAAGCAAUGCAUUCCAUUUCCGACAGGAUUAUAUUUACAACAUCUUUUCAAAUAUGAAUAUCCAAAAUUUCACAAUAACUGAUACACGCAUGAUACACAUGUAUUGCCCUCUCCAAAUUAGCCCAUUUGUGUAUUUGAAUUUUUCCAAUAAUCUCUUAACAGAUGAGCUUUUAAAAAAUUGUGGAAGCUUGACUUCAUUGGAGACACUUAUUUUACAAAUGAAUCAAUUAAAAGAACUUGCAAAGAUAAUUCAUAUGACAAAGAACAUGAAGUCUCUACGACAGUUGGAUAUUAGCCAGAAUUCUCUAAGGUAUGAAAAUGAAGGAAAUUGCUCUUGGAGUAAAAGUUUGUUAAUCUUAAAUAUGUCUUCAAACAUACUUACAGAAUCUGUUUUCAGAUGUUUACCUCCCAGGGUUACAGUACUUGAUCUUCACAAUAACAGAAUAGUGAGCAUUCCUAAAGAUGUCAGUAGCCUGGAAGCUUUGGAAGAACUCAAUAUUGCUUCCAAUUAUUUAACUGACCUUCCUGGAUGUGAUACCUUUAGCAGCCUUUCUGUACUGAUCAUUGACUAUAAUUUAAUUUCACACCCAUCAGCUGAUUUCUUCUAUACCUGCCAGAAGAUUAGGUCAAUAAAAGCAGGGAAUAAUCCAUUUCAAUGUUCAUGUGACCUAAGAGAAUUUAUCAAAAAUUUUGGUCAAAUAUCAAGUGAAGUGGUAGAGGACUGGCCUGAGUCUUUUGAGUGUGCCUACCCAGAAAGCUAUAAGGGAACCCUAUUACAGGACUUCCACAUGUCCCAAUUAGCUUGCAGUACAACUCUGUUAAUCGUCACAAUUGGGUUCAGUGUGCUGGUGUUAGUUGCUACUGUGACCUUCCUCUGUAUUUUCUUGGAUCUGCCCUGGUAUCUCAGGAUGGUGUGGCAGUGGACCCAGACCCGGCACAGGGCUAGGAACAUAGCCUUAGAAGAACUCCAAAGAACUCUCCAGUUCCAUGCGUUUAUUUCCUACAGUGGGGAUGAUUCUGCCUGGGUGAAGAAUGAAUUAAUACCAAACCUAGAAAAAGAUGACAUACGGAUUUGUCUCCAUGAGAGACACUUUGUUCCUGGCAAAAGCAUUGUUGAAAAUAUCAUAAACUUCAUUGAGAAAAGUUACAAGUCCAUUUUUGUUUUGUCUCCCAACUUUGUCCAGAGUGAAUGGUGCCAUUACGAACUCUACUUUGCUCAGCACAAACUCUUUCAGGAAGCUUUUGAUAACUUGAUCCUCAUCUUGCUGGAACCCAUUCCACAGUACUCCAUUCCUAGCAAGUAUCAUAAGCUCAAAACUCUUAUGGCACAUAGGACUUAUUUGGAAUGGCCCAAGGAGAAGAACAAACAUGGACUGUUUUGGGCUAACCUACGAGCCACCAUUAAUAUUAAGUUGAUAGAACAAAAGAUAUAG